AAGGCAAGUUUGACGAUGAUUCAUCAAGUGGUUCAUAAGAAGGAGUUGUUUAAAGGCUGUCUUAUUUUAGCUUUGCUGAUGCUACAAACCAAGUCCGGUUGCGAUCCAGUGGUUAAUGAGAGAACCGUUUAAAUGUUUCUUCUAUAGGCAUGGUAGUCCCUAAAAGGGUCCAGGCGGGACCAUUUAACAAACUGGAAAUAUAUCCAUGCCAAAACCCUACAUUCAUCAAGUUUGGUGUAAUUUUGACCAAUAGUUGCAGGGAAGAUGUUUAAGUACAAACUUUAAGCACAAAACGAAGAGUACAGAACGACGGACCAUCCAUAUUUGCUAAUAGCUAAGCAUUAACAAUGCAGGUUACCCAGAACUACAAAUCAAGUGACAUUUGCGACAUUAGGAAAUUUGAAAGUGAGACUGGUUUGUUUGUACAAAGCUGUGACAAGGGUAACGACGGCUCUCAAGUGUGUUUUGUAAGCGAUGGAGAACGUACUUAUGAAUACAAGUGCGUCGAAGAAUCAUGGAAAUUAUCCACUGGGACAGAUCACCAUAGGAGGCAGAGACGAUUCAUUGAUUUGAUUGUUAUGGGAAUAGUUAUAAUAAUUAUGACUGUGGUAAUUUAUUGCUCUGCUUCCGGUAAAUGUUGGAAAAAGGAAGUAGAUAAAGAUGAAGUGUAUAGGAACCCUCCUGUGUAUAAAAACUGUCCCAAAAGCGGAGAGAUGUACACGGCCUUAAGUCAGGAAAAGUCUGUGAAGGUAACGUGGGAAGAACCAAAAGCAGAAGACGACGAAGAAGUAGUUAGCGAAACCCAAACAUACAACAAUGGUGAUGAAUUCAAAGGUAGUCCGGACGGACUAAAGUAUAUAGUUAUAUAUACUGCAAAAGACGGAUAUGGUCUCACAGCAACAUGCAGCUUUGAUUUUACAGUGAAAUAUAUAACAUGCGACACCAAAGAUCAGCCAAUGAACGGACGUCAAGAUUGUUCACAUGGAUAUAUCUACGGAUCACAGUGUGUUGUGGAAUGCUAUGAUGGAUUCGAAGUUGCUGAUGGUGAUACAGCUACUUGCCUGAAAGAUAAAACCUGGGACUAUACACCAGUUUGUCAGAAAAUUGUUUGUCAACCACCAUUCAACAUAACAAAUGGAAAAGUUGCAUGUGACGACGAGUCGUAUCGUUUCGAAAGCGAUUGCUCUUUUGAAUGCAACAGUGGGUUUUCAUUGAGUUUGAAUAGCCCUAAAAGAAUGGAAUGUCAAGCAGAUAAGACAUGGUCAGUUGUGGUCACUAGCGUUGCUUGUACAGAUAAUGAGCCUCCAAAAGUAGCUUGUUUGUCGCCUCAAAUAUUUUAUGCUGAUCGGGGUGGUUUCACAACAUCUGUUACCUGGGAAGAGCCGUCGGCUACAGACAAUGUAGAUCCAGAUCCAGUCAUAAGAAAACUAUCGAAUAUUUCCCAAGGAGAUAUACUACCGGAAGGUGAUCACUAUGUUACCUAUGAAGCUUCUGAUGACGAAGGGAAUACAUUGCCAGCGUUGUCGAAAUGUACCAUCACUUUGGAAGUCAAAGUUGUAAGGUGUUUUGCUGGCCCCACGGAUGCACUGGACAAACCUCGGUUUAUUAAUUACAACUGCAGCGACACUGCAAGAUACUAUGAUGGUGUUUAUUGUGACCUUAGAUGUGAAUUAAAUAUUCCACUAAAUGGCUCAGAUCGUAUAUCAUGUGAACGAAACGCAACAACUGACAAAGGUGUAUGGGUUUGGGAUUCCGAUGUGCAACCAUCGUGUGAAGUGGUAACUUGUCCACCAUUAGAUCCUCCAGAAAAUGGAGCCUUUAUAACUGACUCGGUAAAUGCCAGGCCACUUCAUGUCAUGUUGUGUAAGGAAGGUUACGAUAUUCCAACUGUUGGCGUAGCGUUCCAUGGGAGAUUAGUCUGUCAAGAUAGUGGCGAAUGGUAUCCAUUGUCUUCAUUUCCUGAUUGUAUAGUUCAAACUUUUCCAAUGACGAGACUGCCCGCUGAACUUAUAUACUCAGGGGAUUGCAAUGAUGACACAACCCAAGAAAUGAUCAAACAACAAGUUCUUGAUUACUUGGCUGGUAUAAUAGAAAAUGUUGACAACUCAAUUUGUCCGGAUCCAGAAACUUGUAAAAUUGAAAACCUCGUGAUUGUUUGUGGUGCAAAUUCGGGGACAAGACGUAGAAGAGAGAACAAGCACGGUAUUAACAAAUUCCAGGAUGGGAAAAUUGUCGUGACAUUUGAUAUAAUGGUGGUUUUUGAUGCAGGGAAUAAGACAGCCGAAAACGCGUAUCUUGACAUUCUGGAAUUCUAUGAAAAUGUCACAGGGUUGAUAAAAGUAUACGUAAAUGAAGGAAAGUUUGAUAUUCAAAACUUAACUCUGUUUGUCGACGCUUUCAAGUCAGAUGCUUCAUCGGAAUUCGUAUGUACUGAUUCAGGAUACAAAUUUGAGUUUGGAAGUUUGAGUUGCAAACAAUGUCCUAAAGGAACUUACUUGAAUUCAACAACAGACACGUGUGAAUAUUGUAAUAUCGGUGAAUAUAUGGACCAUGCAGCCGCGGCAACAUGUGAGCCUUGCCCUUAUGGAUACAGUACACUGUAUGAAGGAUCCAAAAACAUAUCAGCUUGCAUAAAGCAAUGCAGUCCUGGUUUUGUGUCAAGCACAUCUAUGGAACCAUGUUUUGCUUGUCCAGUCGGUACUUAUCAACCGCGUCUAGGUCAGACAAAGUGCGAGUCGUGUCCAAAUGGUACUGCGACCAAAGAAACAAACAGUAUCACUGCUGAAGAAUGCGAUAUCUUUGAUAUAUUUUUUGGCACAUUAGAAGAACAAACCGUCAUCAGCACAUUUAAUGCAGAAGAUUCAGCAACACUGACAUUAUCGUUAUGGCUCAAACCAAUUAAUCUUGAAAACUUCCGUCUUUCAAUAUACAUCACCGACAUAUUUGGCGAGAUAACCAAUAUAACAUUUUCUGACUACGUUUAUGUUGUAUUUGGAUCAAGUUUUCAUAAUAAGAGCGAUGGAACGUUGACAAAAGACCAGUGGACCCAUAUUGCGAGUAGUUUAAAUACUACAUCAGGCAGUAUGCAGCUUUAUGUUGGUGGAAAAUUGAUAAUGAGUGAAAAGGAAGCAGUUAUAGAUCCCUUGAGAACAAUAUCAAAAGGAACCGUUGAGAUGGAAAAUAUAUCUAAAGGCAAAUAAAUUAACUACAGUUUUACAUGUAUAUUGAUAAUGUUUAAAUGUUUUCAGUUAUGUUCGCUGUCAUCAGAAG